AUGGGAAGCCACGAGAAGGACCCRGCGUCUCCGAGCAGGGCCCCGUCGCGCUCCAGCAGCACCGUGUCCUCCAAGCCCGGCAUCCAGGGCUCGGAGAGCUGGGAGCUGGUGGAGGAGCCGCGAGCGCGGGGCAGCCCGGACCGGCAGCCGGAGCGGCACGAGGGCUAUCUGCUCAAGAAGAGGAAAUGGCCUCUCAAGGGCUGGCACAAGAGGUACUUUGUGCUGGAAAAGGGUGUCCUGAAGUACGGCACGACGCGGCAGGACGUCCUCAAGGGCAAACUGCACGGCUCCAUCGACGUGCGCCACGCCGUCAUGUCCGUGAACAAGAAGGCGCAGCGCGUGGACCUGGACACCGAGGAGAACAUCUACCACCUGAAGAUCAAGUCCCCGGAGCUCUUCAGCAGCUGGGUGAGCAGCCUGUGCUCCCAUCACCAGGGCGAGAGGCCCGAGCCCCUGGCCGGCCCCAGAGCGGGRUCUGGCUCCUGGACCCGCAUCCUGCCSUCCGGCAGCGCCCCGGCCCUCUCGGCCCUCAGCAGCUCCCGGGACGAGGUGGCCGCGUGGCUGAAGGACAGCGAGGGGCUGGAGCGCUGCUCGGCCGAGCUGUGCGAGUGCCAGGCGAAGCUGCGCGAGCUCUACAGCAUGCUGCAGAGCCUCGAGGCCCUGCACCGCAUCCCCUCGGCGCCCCUCAUCUCCAGCAGCCAGGUGAGCAUGCCCAUGGAGAGGCCCAAGAAGGGCAGGCGGAGCACCAAGAUCUGGUGCACGCAGAGCUUCGCCAAGGAUGACACCAUCGGCAGGGUGGGCCGCCUGCACGGCUCGGUGCCCAACCUCUCGCGCUACCUGGAGCCGUGCGCGAGCCUCCCGCCCCAGUACGGGCAGCUGCAGCGGAGCUUCUGGAGCCUGGCACAGCAAGUGCACGGCUCGCUCGGCAGCGUCGUGGCCGCGCUCACGGCCGAGAGGGCCCGGCUGGAGGAGCUGCGGCGGGCGCUGGAGGCGCAGUGCGCUGGCAUGGAGCCCCGGCGCAGCAUGCGCCGCUUCCACUCGCUCUCCGUCUCCUCCGACACCACGCUGGACUCCUUCGCCUCGCUGCACCCCGAGGAGCCGGACGCGCUGCCCGACAAGGGCCGCGAGCAGCAGCUCUCCAACCGCAGCAUCGUCUCGCUCGCCGACUCGCACACCGAGUUCUUCGACGCCUGCGAGGUCUUCCUCUCCGCCAGCUCCUCCGAGAACGAGGCCUCGGAUGAUGAGUCGUGCGUCAGCGAGGCCACCAACAGCAUCKCCGAGGACACGGCCGCGGCCGCCUGCUUCCAGACAGGUAGCAGCCGUGGACGGGGGGACACCGGGAGCGAGACGUGGUGGUUGAGGCGUGGGCCGUGUCCGUCAGGAUCAGGAGAGGCGGCGCUGGUGCCGCUGCUGCUGCCGGGGCCGGGCGCCCCGCGGCGGAGCUGCCUGCCGGCGCCGCCGGCGCACGCGGGUGACGUGAGCCUCUGGAACAUCCUGCGCAACAACAUCGGCAAGGACCUGUCCAAGGUGUCCAUGCCGGUGCAGCUCAACGAGCCGCUCAACACGCUGCAGCGCCUCUGCGAGGAGCUCGAGUACAGCGCGCUGCUGGACCGCGCCAGCCGCUGCGCCGACCCCUGCCAGCGCCUGGUGUACGUGGCGGCCUUCGCCGUGUCCGCCUACGCGUCCACCUACUACCGGGCGGGCUGCAAGCCCUUCAACCCGGUGCUGGGCGAGACGUACGAGUGCGUGCGGCCCGACCGCGGCUUCCGCUUCGUCAGCGAGCAGGUUUGUCACCACCCGCCCGUCUCCGCCUGCCACGCCGAGUCCGACAACUUCGUCUUCUGGCAGGACAUGAAGUGGAAGAACAAGUUUUGGGGCAAAUCCCUGGAGAUUGUGCCCAUGGGCACGGUGAACGUGCGGCUGCCCAGGUGCGGCGACCACUUUGAGUGGAACAAGGUGACCACGUGCAUCCACAACGUGCUGAGCGGCCCGCGCUGGAUCGAGCACUACGGCGAGGUGCUCAUCCGCAACACGCGCGACGCCGCGCUCCACUGCAAGCUCACCUUCUGCAAGGCGCGGUACUGGGGCUCCGGCGUGAACGAGGUGCAGGGCGCCGUGCUGAGCCGCAGCGGGAAGGUGGUGGAGCGGCUGGCGGGCAAGUGGCACGAGGGGCUGUUCCGCGGCGCGGCGCCGGGCGGACCCUGCGUCUGGAGAGCCAACCCCAUGCCCCGCGACCACGAGCACAACUACGGCUUCACCCAGUUCGCCCUGGAGCUCAACGAGCUCACGCCCGAGCUCAAGCGGGUGCUGCCCUCCACGGACACCCGCCUGCGCCCGGACCAGCGGUACCUGGAGGAGGGCAACGUGGCCGCGGCCGAGGCGCAGAAGCGGCAGAUCGAGCAGCUGCAGCGGGACCGGCGCCGGGUCAUGGAGGAGAACAACAUCACGCACCAGGCGCGCUUCUUCAGGCGGCUCACGGACGCCAGCGGCAAGGAGUCGUGGGUGACCAACAACACGUACUGGAACCUGCGCGCCGAGCCCGGCUUCGCCCACCUCGACAGCGCCGUGCUCUGGUAGCCGGGGCGGGCGGCCGA